CAGGUUGAUCAGGAGUUUAAAGGCAUUUGGCAAGCUGUAAAGCAGACAGAAGGAAGUUUGUUAAAUAAAACGAACUCAUCUCUGCAAGAUUUCGAAAAUAAGGUAGUAAUCCGGUGAAUCGUGGUUGUUGCUGUUAUUGUGGUUGUUGUUUUUCUUGGAGAAAGCCGGAAGAAUUCAUCUUUACCCUCUACCCUUGGGGCAGGUGUGUUCUAUUCAGGGCCGAAACGAAUAAUCGAUAAAUCUACCCAAAUCAAGGUUUUUCAGACUGAAUAUCCUGGUUUUCGCCAGAUUUGACUUCUGUAUGAGUCGCCAGACCCUCACGACUAAGGUAAUGUUAAUUUAAUGCAUCUUUCAACCCAAUUUUAUUCAAUUUAAAAACAUUUUGAGAACUUGAAUAAAUUGAUAUUUUGAAUUUAUAGGUCAACAGUGAAAUUAAAGUUGUUUCACUCAAGCUGAAUGAAACAGUUGCCCGUGGUGGCUAUUUAUCUUCUUCAUUGGAAUCACACAGGAAAAACGUAAGCAUACGCAUUUGCAAUAUGUAUAUAAAUAAUCCCUCCAUUUGUUCAAAUCAUGAUCACAAAGAGAGAUUUCCUCAUUUUCCUAAUGAGUCCCUCUUUCAAAAGAUUUGGGAUUAUAUUGGUAGUAAGGCUCUUAUCAUUAGCCUUCCCUCUCUACCUUUGAAUAUACAUAUAAAUCUGUGCAACUUCGUUAAUUUGCUAUUACGCCAAAAUUCCUGUAUAAAUAUUUAAUACCAUAUCAUUUCUUCAUUAGAUAACAAAUAUUUUUGGAAAACUUGAACUAAGAGUUAAAAUGGAGGAAGAAAAAUCUAGCUACAUUACAAAAAGUUCGGUAAGUCACCAAAUGCGGACUUUUCACAUGUCAAUUGGAGGUGUCGGUGACAUGAGUGUAAGUCUGUGCAAUACCUAACACAAAAUCAUCUUUUUUCUGAAGGAUCACCACUCCAAGUUGAUCCAGCACUUGACCGAUAUGCUGAAUGACACUCGCGAAGAUAUGAGGAAUAUGUCUCGAGAACAAUCCACGGCUUUGGAACUGGCUCAAAAUUCCACAGUGACGGAACUUGUUAGAGUUCGCAUGUUGGUGGACUCAACGCAGACGAUUCUUUUGACACAGUUUAAGAAAAUGCAUGGAAACAUGACUGAAAAAGGUGCCUUGUUUGCUGUUGUUUGUUUAAUGGUUUAAGAUCAUAGGCCAUCAUAUGACAAAGUGUACAGGAAUCCAUUGGAUUCCUGAGCUUACUUAUUAAUCCUACUGAAACACUCUGCUUUUUCAACUUUUUCUGAGCCUAUCAUUCAGCGCGAUUUAAAGAUAAAAUAUCAGUUCCAAAAAAAACUUAGCCAGUCAGCAUAAAUGAUCUGCUCAAUCUACUUAUGUGCCCAAUGUUGCCAAUCCCCAUUGCUGCUAAGAACAGGUUCAUGCUCCUUGAUCUUCAAAGUAUGUCAUUGUUGCGUCACUUAGGGAGCCCAUAAUUUCAAGUUUGGUUUUGGUUUUAGCUUAGGCGUUCAAUAUCCAUUACAUCAAUCCGUAAUUGCUCAAUUCUUAAAUCCAAGACUUUACAAACUGUGUGACCAAGUCAGUUGACUUUAUUUAUUUAUUUAUUCACUCAUAUGAAAGCUUUCUUUUUUUACAACUCAAGUAACAAAAGAAACUGAGAAACUUGAGACCAGAAUAGAAAUUGAGGAAAACAAAUCAAAUAACACAAAGCAGGUUACGGUGAGUAAUGAAUAUCUUCAUCUUUUUCAUCGUGUGUUCCCAAUUUUGUAAAAAGGUAAAAAGACUAUUAUUGUGUAUAAGAGUAAAAAAUGUGCACCUGAAAUAUUUUUUUCGCCAUCAACAUUAUUUUUUUUAUUUUCCGAAGGAUCAACACCAUAACAGGAUUCAGCAAAUCGAGGAAUUACUCAAUCUUACUCGUAAAAACAUGAAAGAAGAGUCCAAAAAGUAUUUCACCGCGCUAUGGUUGACAGGAAACUCUACCAAAAUGGAUCUUCAAAGUAUAAGCAUGGUUUUGAAUGUAACGCGCGGUAAUAUUGUUAGACAGCUAAAGGAAGUGCAAGACAACUUGACUGAACAGGUACAUUAUCUGUGUUACUUGCAUUUAAGACUGGAUGAACCUAACUUUGACCUCUCCACGUGAGGGCUAUUAUACAUAGUAUUACUCUAAUAUUAUUGAUUGAGAACACAUUGCAAACCAAGUUUGAUUGACACUAGAAUUUAACGACGAAAAGCGGCUUUAUCACCGAGUACACUCAUGCCUCGAAAAACGUAGAUAGUAGAUGGAGAAACACGACUAUAACGAAUACGAAAGUCUCCACUAUGUCUACGAGAGCUUGGCCCAGCCCCCUUCCCCAAAAACACAGUGUGUCAAUCAGAUUAGAUUAAUCAAUACAUUAAAUGAGGAAUAUUUAAUUACUAUGAUCAGAAAGAUGCUAUAAACAAUUUUCCAAGCGUGGAGUGAGGAAGAACUCUUCGUAGACAUUCGAGCCACAAGUCAUGCCUUUACAAGAUCUUAUGCUCUAACAAAUGAAGUAAAGAGAAGUAGUUACUGAUCUGGCCAUAUGCUGAGAUCAACAAUGACGACAGCAUUAUGUUAGAGAAUAAAUGACAAAAACGAGUGCACCGUAUGUCUUCAACUGUCAAAAAUAAGAAAUGAAUAUUGCUAAAUUCGAUUGUUUCAGUGGCUUGAUCGACCAAGGGAAUGCCUUUCAUAGGUUAAUUUAUUUCAAGUUUCUCCUGUUGGUGACACGAAUUGUUCACCACACUUCCAGCCAAGCAGUUCCUUUCGGUUCUAGACAGCAAUUGUUGCUUAAGAAUGAAUAAAAUGGUUUAAUAAUAUUUUUAUAUAAAUGGCUCUUUAUUCAUCAACAAUAUACAUUUACCAUUUAUCAACGAGACUUUGGCAAAGAAAAACCGAAAAAAGGGGACUUCGGACGUAAUGUGUUAUUUUUCCUUCCUAGGUAAAGGACGUUAGUAGGAUGCCAGGUCCUAUCGGACCUCCUGGCUACAACGGAAGCAAGGGACCUGUUGGCCCUCAGGGAGCUGUGGGUCCCGCAGGUCCUAAAGGAUCAGGAGACUUUGGUCAAUGUCAGUUUAAAACAAAAAGUGCAGAUAUGAUCCCUGGUAACAAUAGAAUACUUGUACAUAUUGAUGAACCAACAGUAAGUAGAUCUAUAUUUUACAUUUUAAAAAAAUAUGAAUAGAAAGAUCAACAGAUAAAAAAGGAUUUCUAAAUAUAAUUGUCUUUAUCCCUUUGAAAUUUCUUACAACCUAAGACUAGGACCUCAAUUACGAGGGGACUUAAACCUAACCUUUCUGAAUCAAAUUCAAUCAAGAGGAUGUUGAAUGAUCUUGCACAAUUGCUUUUGUGAGGUGAAGAAGGUACCUUUUAUUGCUUUAGUUAGUUAUAAUGCACACCCACCAUCGCAUGUUGCAUUUUUUGAAAAAUAUAGACAACAUUUCGAAAAUAUUUGUUUUGAUUGAACGCUGUUCGCUCGACCAAUUGCACAAUCGUAUUCGCAAGGUUUGAAUGGAUUAUUCUUGAUUCACGGGCUUUGCUCGAGCUUAUCCAAACCAAAAGACCCUUGCGAUUACCAGUGUAGAUAACAUAACAAAUGUGUAUUUCUUCAUUUGUUGACAGAAUAAAAAGAUAAUGGCAGUGACAUGCUCAACGGAUUACGGCUCUGAGUAUAAUCUUAUAUCGAGG